GUGAUGAUAACAGAACUUAGACACUUCUGCAGCUGAUGGCUUGAGCUCAGUGUCUUGCUCAAGGACACUUCAGCAGGACACAUGGAUCCGGACAAACAAGCUGUCUGCUUUACUGCUGGUGUGAGAAAGAGAACAGCUGCUGACACACCUCCAUCACCUUAAGCAAGGUUGAGGUUUGGACACGUGACCUGGCACACUCAGCCAUAUAAGCCCGGGUUCGGCCCUGCCAGGUUCACAUUGCUGGUCAUGAUGAGGGGGUUGCUCGCAUUUGCCGCGCUGUUUGUGGCCGUUCUCGGCAAGGAGACAUAUGAGGGGCACCAGGUGCUUCGCAUUAUUCCAAAAGACGAUGUCCAGCUGUCUCUUAUCAAGGACCUGGAGGACAGUAUUGAGUUCGAGCUGGACUUCUGGAGGGGUGUGACUGAUGUGGCCACACCUGUGGAUGUCAGAGUUCCCUUCCACAGCCUGCAGUCGGUCAAAAUUUACCUCGAGACUCAGGACAUUGUGUACUCCAUCAUGAUCGAAGACCUGCAGGUGAUGCUGGAUUAUGAGCAGGAAGAGAUGGAGUCUGCUGCUCGUGUUGCUGAGCCCAGAAACACUGACAGCUAUGACUACUCCAGGUACCACCCCAUCAACGAGAUCUACAGUUUCCAGGACAUGCUGGUGGCUGAGAAUCCCAAUAUGGUCAGCAAGAUCGUGAUCGGUCAGAGCUACCAGGGUCGUCCCCUGAAUGUGCUCAAGUUCAGUACUGGUGGAACCAACCGUCCCGCCAUCUGGAUUGACACUGGAAUCCAUUCCAGAGAGUGGGUCACUCAGGCCAGUGGCACCUGGUUUGCCAAAAAGAUUGUGACUGAUUAUGGACGUGACCCUGCUCUCACCGCCAUCCUUAACAAGAUGGACAUCUUCUUGGAGAUUGUGACCAAUCCUGAUGGGUACUACUACACCCACAACAGCAACCGUAUGUGGCGUAAGACCAGGAAACCCAACCCUGGCUCAAGCUGUGUGGGAGUCGAUCCCAACAGGAACUGGGAUGCUGGUUUUGGAGGACCUGGUGCCAGCAGAAAUCCCUGCUCAGAGACCUAUCAUGGACCCAGUGCUCACUCUGAGUCUGAGGUCAGGUCCAUUGUGGACUUUGUGAAGUCCCACGGUAACUUCAAGUCAUUCGUCUCCAUCCAUUCUUACUCCCAGAUGCUCCUGUACCCCUACGGCUACACCAAGACUCCAGUCAGGGACCAGAAUGAGCUGCACAAUCUGGCUAAGAAGGCUAUCACUGACCUGGCCUCCCUGUAUGGUACCAGAUACAGAUACGGCAGCAUCAUCAACACCAUCUACCAAGCUAGCGGUGGCACCAUCGACUGGACCUACAACCAGGGCAUCAAGUACUCCUACACCUUCGAGCUGAGGGACACCGGCCGCUACGGCUUCAUCCUGCCAGCCAACCAGAUCAUCCCCACCGCCACAGAGACUUGGCUGGCUCUGAUGGCCAUCAUGGAUCACACCUACAAGAACCCCUACUAAUGUGUGGAAAUCCCAAAGAGGAUAUUGUUGGCAAAUGUCACCUGUAAAAUGUCAUCUUUAUCAUCACCAUCAUGAUCAUACUUCAUGUCUCCUUAGACCUAGUAAAAAACACAAACAGGCAAAUAAAUGAACACACUGGAAAA